AUGUGGUGGAAUUCGGGGCCACAUCUCCGACGGCGGAUGCUAGUCGAAGCGGGACUGUCUGACAGUUACCGCACCUCCCAAUCCUUCUUUUCUCGCUGCAGUGCUGUGGAUGAGUUUAAGGACGUGCUCCAGUCGAAGUUCGGCACUUUGUCGAGGGCAUGGCGCGUGCUGGACAUUGAUGGUAGUGGGAGGAUGGACAUGCGAGAGUUCUGCCAGGCUUUGACUCGACUCGGCUACGUCGGAAACAUCCGCACACUGUGGCAUUUGCUGGACUCUACAAACGCAGGCAGCAUAUCUUUGGAUGAGCUGGAUCCUCGCGCAGCAGCUGCGCUGGAGAAAUUCCGGGUAGUCAGCCUCCAACAUCAUGAGUCCAUUGAGCAUAUGUGGAAGGUUGUUAUGGACAUCGAGAGGACUAAUGCCGUGAGUCUGAAGGUGUUCAUUCAGGGCUGCAAGGCCCUCGGCUACGAAGAUGAGCUGGAGGUGGAGGAGCUCUUUCACCAGCUGUUGCUCAAAAGCGGAAGCCAACACCUGGCUCUUGAGGACAUGCAGUUCCUUCAGAGUUGGGAGGAGACCAAGCGCCGAAAGCUGCUGAGGCGCCGUCUUGGCGUCCGCUGGGUAAAUCGGGAUCCGUUCUUGACUUCGCAGGUCCUGGACCCCAGCCGGUCAUCCAACACGACCGAGUACUCUGAGCAGGUCUCCAUGGACAUGGAGAAGGAAGUGCAGCACUUCCGCGAGUACUUGAGCCAGACGUUCGGUUCGCUUCCGCAGGCCUUCGAGGAGAUGGAUGCAAACAGGAGUGGAGAGCUGUCAUUGGUGGAGUUUGAAGGGGUGGUCGCCAACCUCCUGCGAUACUGUCGCCAUGGAGAGGCCCGAAGGCUUUUCCGCGCGCUGAUUGGCACGGAGGGCUCUGGAAAGUUGACCUGGCAAGAACUUGGCAUAAGCAAAGUCGAAUGGACAGCUUAUAGAAUGCAGAAGUCCAUGGAGGCCCGGCGGCAACAGACGGAGGCCAUUCUCAAUGCACGGGCACCCUUGGGUGCAAGUCCACGAAUGAGACACGCAGAGAAUCACCACAUCGAGCGGAUUCGAGAGAAGAAAUCUGCGGGUAAGUUUGUCUUCAACUCACCUCUACCUCCCGGCUGGGGGCCACCGCCUGAGUUUGUUCCGCUCGAGCCGCCGGCCAACAGGUCGCGGCGAAGAGACAUGCCGAAACCACCCCGUUCUCCCAACUCUCGCUAA